AUUCACUGACUGCUGACAGAGAACUCACCAGCAGCUGCACGGAGGCAGAGAGAGAGAGAGGGAGAGAGAGAAAAGCCCUAGAGGCUCUAUCUCUAAUGGAGGAUUUUCAUGAUAAUCUUCUCAGCAAGCUCUCCUCUGCAGCUCUGUCCAAGAAAACAAGCUUCAACGGCAAUGGCGUCGACGACUUGUUCGGCGGUCCCCCGAAGUUCGCUGUUCCGUCUUUCGCCGCUCUGAUAGACGACUACAGUGAAAUGUUCGGAAGUUUUCACGCUCUAAAGAGCUCACCUUCCGUUCCCAUUCUGGAUUUCCAGGUCGUCGACUGUGACGAUGUUUCCGUCGACGUUCUAAGCUCCAACUUCAGUUAUUCGGAGGUUUUUGGGGGUUUCGACGGUGAAGAUUUCGCUGUCUAUUAUGAAGAAACGUUUGAAGAAAAUCUCUCUGAAAACCCGCGGAGUCAAGCAGAAAUGGGGUCCCAGCAGCAGGCACUAACAGUUAUUUCCAGAGCUCCUUCUGAAGAGCUCGAUGGAGAUGCCUUUGUUUGUCCAGAAAAGAAUAAUAUUUUGUCAAAUGUAACCUCUUAUGAUAUAUAUGAUGGUACGAAGCAGUCUGAUGUAUCACUUAACAAGGAAAAUGAAAAAACCAGACAACAUUCAAUACAUGGGCCAGCACAUACAGCCCAAUCUCGGGAGGUUUCUGGAUCUAAUUUUGUAGUUGAUACAUGCUCUUCUUUACAAAAGGUCAAAUAUGACAAACCUCUACCCCAGGUGACUGAUGGUCUCCGUCUCAACUUAGAUUCUAAUGGGGGAAUAACCAUUGGAAAAUAUUUUGAAACAUUCUCAAAUGCCCCUGUCUGUAGUAGCAGCACGAGGAAUUCUGGAAAUGAUGUCAAGGCAGAUCAGGAACAGCUUGGCUGUAAAUGGAACACCUUGGAAGAUACUCCUCCAAAUGACCAGUGUCAUUUACACCAUUCUUAUAACCACCUUGCAUCGUAUGUGUAUCGAUCUUAUUCUGGUGGAGGAUUCUUAACUGUCUCCGACAUCAACCUUCAAACGCAUCCCUCUCCAGUUCCACCCCCAUCAAGACCACCUCCAAAAUUAGUUAAUAAGCAGGGUGAUACCGAAAGAAUGAUAAAUGUAGACAAAAAAGGUUAUCCAGGCGAAGUACAUUUAUGUAAACCUUCGACAACUGACCGAGCUUGCCACAUUGGGAUGGCUUCUGAAACCUACACACUUGAGGAGGCUGCCAAGGAUAGUUCGCCACCUUUUUUUGAUGUAGAGAUUGAUUCAGGUUCAGCUGCUGUGGUUUCUGCAGCUGCCAUGGGAGAAGCAAUGGAGAAAGCUCAAGCAAGGUUAAAGAGUGCAAAAGAAUCAAUGGAAAGAAAACGAGACAACUUUGAAAGCCAUAUGAAACUGGGUUUAAAUGAACAAAGAAAAGGCAAGGAGAAAAGGGAGGGUACAACUGCUCAGGAAAAUCACAAAUUCAAGGAAGAGGUAGCCCAGGAAACCUGCGAAAGAGAGAUAUGCAAAAUGAAAGAUUUUGUUGGAGAUGAAAGGCUAACAGCAAUUAGAGCAGCAUGUGCAACUCCAGAUUCAGAAGCGAAAUGGGGAUAUAUAGAACUAGCUAAAGAGUCUAUAGUGAAAAGGCAAGUGAAGGAAUAUCAGCCGACGCUACAGUGCUGUAAGCAGGAAGAAAGAGCGGGAGAGUUGAAAACAGAGAAACAGUUCCAUGAGCUGGUAAGAAACGAGAAGUUGAAAUUGGUUCAGGAUAUCCCUGAGCUGGAGCAAAAACAGAAAUGGAGAGCAACAGUGAAGUUGCACAUGCAAGAACUAAAUGAAAAGAAAGCAGCUGCUGCAGAGGCACGAAAGCUAGAAAAGAAUGAGAGAUCAAGUAUGAUUCAGGACACCUGUGGGUGGGAAGAGAAUAAUAUGGAAAUGAAAGAAGCUCUUAAGCAGGAUGUAAAUGUUAAUAGGUCAGAAACAGCUCCUGAGGUUUGUGAGAGAGAACAAAAUGAGAGGAAACUAGGAGUGGCUUACGAACAUGGAGAGAAGAAUUUCGAAGCAGCUAAAGAGGUCCAUGGGCACGAAGAGAAUGAUAAGAAAUUAAAAGCAGAUAGAGAGGCUAAUGAGAUGCAGGGAAAGGAGAAGAAACUAAAAGCAGCUCAAAUGGUUCUAAACAGAGCAGACUUGAACAGGACGACCUCACUUGACUAUGAGAAGAAAUUGAAAGCAGCUGUUCAGCAUGAAGAAGAGGUGAUCAAAUUAAAAACGGCUGAAGAGACCUGUGAGUUUGAAGUAAAUGAAAAGGAACUGAAAGCUGCUAAGGAGGCAUGCAAACAUGAUGAAAAUGAGAGGAGAAUAGAAACAGCUCAAGAUACCCAUGAGGAAGAAGACAAUGAGGAAAUAAAAUCAACUAAAGAUGCUAAUGAUUGCCAAGUAAAUGAGAAGAAGAUGAAAGCAGCUGAAGAUGCCAGUGACUGUGAAGAAAAUGAGAAGGAAACAAAAGUGGCUAAAGAGGCCAAUAAGUGCAACAAGGAUGAAAAGAAAUUGAAAUCUGCUAAAAUGACACGUGUGCAGUAUCAAAAUGAGGAAACAUUAAAAAAGGCUCAAGAUGUUUGUUGGUGGGAUGAAAAGGAGAAGAAACUAAAAGCAGCUCAUGAUGCACAUGGGUGCAAGAAAGAUGAGGAGAGAGUUUAUGAAGAGGUCCUUUUGCAGGAUGGUUCUGACGAGAAAUUCGAAGUAGCUCAAGAGGCACAUUGGUGGGAAGAUAAUGCCAACAAACUAAAAGCACGUCAAGUGUCCAGUGAGUGGGUAAAAAUGGAGAAACUCAAAACCGCUAAAGAGGCUCAUGACGUAGUAUGCAAUGAGAAGAACAUCAGACAAGAUCCAGUGUUCCUUGAACGGUUGUCCAACAAGAAUAAAUUCAAAGCAGCUCAGGAGGUCUUUCGUUGGCUUGAGAGUGGGAAGAAAUCCGAAGCAGCAGCUAACAUAAUGGAAAGGAGAGAGAAUAUGUUGAGAACAACUUCAAAAGUAAAGUUGUGUCAAGGCACAGAGAGUAAAGUAGAGUAUGGUUGUGGAAUACGUGAAAUGGAAGAGCGGGAAAAGGAAGAAAGCAUGCCAAAGGAAAGAGAACUGGAAAAGGGGUGGGUGAGAAAAAUGGAAGAAGAAAGAGAGUGGGAACAGGAAAGAGAAAAAGACAGGAUUGCUGUUGAAAGAGCAAACCAUGAAGCUUGUGAUGUGGCAUCUGCAGAAGCCCGAGAGAGGGUGGAAAGGGUUCCCAUGGAGAGAGUGACUGUGGAAGCUCAACAAAGAGCAAUGGUAGAUGCCCAAGCAAGUGGAGAGAUGGCUUCAGCAGAAGCUCGUGAAAAAUCAUUAGCUCAGAAGGCUUCUACAGAAGCUAGAGUUAGGGCAGAGUGUGCAGCACUAGAGAGAGCAACUGCGGAGACUUGGGAUCAGGUUGCAGAUAGAGAUUUGGUAGAGAAGGCUACUUCAAAAGCGAGCGGACUGAUGAAGAGAUCCAAUGCUGAGAAGUUUACAGCUAGGGAAGAUGAUGGAAUUGAAAGGUUUGUUGAGUUGAAUGAUGAUGCAGAUUUCGGAUCGAGGCAAUGCCCUUCUUCCUCUGACAUGCAGGAUUUUGCACACGAUCCAGAACUUCAAAGUGCAUCCUUUUCCAGCAAAUAUUCUAAUUCUGCAAACCAUGGACCUUCCUACUCAGAUCAAAAGUUUCAAGGAGCUGAUGGUGAAUCAGCCAAAAGAUGUAAAGCAAGGUUAGAGAGGCAUCAACGAAUGCUUGAACGUGUGGCGAAAGCUCUUGCAGAGAAGAAUUUACGUGACAUUCUUGCUCAAAGAGAGCUAGCAGAGAGAAAUAGAUUAGCAGAAGCUCUGGAUGCUGAUGUCAGAAGGUGGUCAAAUGGAAAAGAAGGGAACUUACGAGCUUUGCUUUCAACACUGCAAUAUAUCCUUCGGCCUGAGAGUGGUUGGCAACCAAUUCCGUUGACUGAUGUUAUAACAGCUGUUGCUGUAAAGAAAGCUUACAAGAAGGCUGCUCUUUAUGUUCAUCCUGACAAGGUGCAGCAAAGGCGUGCAAACAUUCAACAAAAGUAUAUAUGUGAGAAGGUUUUUGAUCUUCUAAAGGAGGCGUGGAACAUAUUCAAUUCAGAGGAACGCUAGAAGACACUAAUGUCGUUGUUCGCCACCCUCAGAAGAACAUGCUGUCGUCAAAUUUAAUGAAACUGGUUCUGAAAAUUCCUCUCUAGCAGUGUCAGUAUUGCAAUCAUUUUCCUUUUCACCCAGUAGACCGAUGUAUGCAGUGGGGCAGCGAUUGUAACUAAGAUGGAUCUGGUUUAUCAACUAAAUUAGAAAAGGGGUGCAAUUAUUGUUGUUGUUGUUGUUAUUAUUAUUUAUGCAUUACUAUGAUUAUAAUCAUAACUAUCAUUAUUACUGUUU